GUUGGUAGUGAUGGUCAGCUGGACAUGGAGGGCGCCCUGACUGCCAGGGGCCGGGUUGGAAUCCAGGAUUUUGUUCUUCUGGAUGAAACCACAGAGGCGGCCUUCCUCAGCAACCUCGAGAAACGCUUCAGCAAAGAUCUCAUUUAUACCUACAUCGGCACAUUGCUUGUGUCCGUCAAUCCCUACAAAGAGCUGGACAUCUACAAUAAGAAACAGAUGGAAGUCCACAUGGGUGUCAACUUCUUUGAGCUUCCACCACACAUCUACGCCUUAGCAGACAAUGCCUACCAAACCAUGCUGACAGAGUACAACAAUCACUUCAUCCUCAUCUCUGGUGAGAGUGGAGCAGGGAAGACGGAGGCCUCCAAGAAGAUUCUGCAGUAUUACGCUGUCACCUGUCCGAGCACCACUCUACUAAACACCGUCAGGGACAAAAUGCUCAUGUCCAACCCUGUGCUUGAGGCUUUCGGCAAUGCCAAAACACUGAAAAAUGACAACUCAAGUCGGUUUGGGAAGUAUAUGGACAUUCAGUUUGACAGCCAGGGGGAUGCAGUCGGAGGCCAUAUCCUGAACUACCUGCUGGAGAAGUCAAGGGUUGUUCAUCAGAACCACGGGGAGAGAAACUUCCACAUCUUCUACCAGCUAGUGGAGGGAGGAGAGGAUCAUCUACUGCACGAGCUGGGCCUGGAGAAAGACGCCCAGCAUUACAACUAUCUAACCCAAGGAGAGUGUGCCAUUGUGUCUUCCAUUAAUGACAGAAAUGACUGGAAAACGGUCAAAAAUGCUCUGCAAAUCAUCAACAUUGACGAGAUUAACACUAAACACUUGUUUGGGAUCGUUGCAAGCGUUCUCCAUUUGGGGAACGUUCAGUUUGACACCAACAGCAAAGGUCAUGCCCUCCUGAACAAUAAUGCAGAGCUGCGCUGGGUCUCAAAUCUACUAGGAGUUGAUGCUCAUAGUCUCCAAGAGGGACUCACAUACAGGAAGAUUGAAGCCAGAACAGAUCAGGUCCUCAGCCCAUUCACAAUCGAUCAUGCUAUUUAUGCCAGAGAUGCCCUGGCUAAAGCCAUCUAUGGACAGACAUUCACCUGGCUGGUCAACAGAAUCAACAAGUCCAUGGAGAACAAGGAUCCUUCAAGGAAGACUGUAAUAGGGCUCUUGGACAUAUAUGGAUUUGAGGUUUUCUAUGUAAACAGUUUUGAGCAGUUCUGUAUAAACUACUGCAAUGAGAAGCUGCAGCAGCUUUUUAUCCAAUUGACACUCAAGGCUGAGCAGGAAGAAUAUGAAGCAGAGGAUAUUGAGUGGGAGCCGGUUCAGUUCUUCAACAACAAGAUCAUCUGUGACCUGGUUGAGGAGAGACACAGAGGAAUCAUAUCCAUACUGGAUGAAGAGUGUCUCAGGCCAGGAGACGCCACAGAUCUCACCUUCCUGGAGAGACUGGAAGACAAGAUGGGAAAUCACCCUCACUUUGUCACGCACAAACUGGCUGACAAAAUGACACGUAAGACUCUGGAGAGGGGAGAUUUCCGUCUCUUGCAUUAUGCCGGGGAGGUCACCUACUGUGUUGUGGGUUUCCUGGACAAAAACAAUGACCUGUUAUAUAGAAACAUAAAAGAUCUGAUUUGUCAGUCUAAGAAUGCCAUAGUCAGAGAGUGCUUUGCCACAGUGGAUCCAGACAGCAGGCGAAGACCAGAAACAGUGGCGACCCAGUUUAAGAGCAGCCUGCUGAAGCUGACAGAGAUCCUCAUGGCUAAAGAGGCCUGGUACAUACGCUGCCUAAAAUCGAAUGAGUCCAAGCAGCCAGGUCAGUUUGACGAAGCACUCAUCAGGCACCAGGUGAAGUACCUGGGCCUGAUGGAGCACCUCAGAGUCAGACGAGCUGGUUUUGCGUACAGACGCAAAUAUGACGUCUUCCUAAAGAGAUAUAAACCCCUGUGCCCAGCCACAUGGCCUCACUGGAGAGGGGUGCCCGCUGAUGGAGUUGAAGUGCUGGUUCAACAUCUGGGCUACUUGCCAUAUGAGUACAAAAUGGGACGCACCAAAAUAUUCAUCCGUCAUCCAAGGACACUUUAUGCCACAGAGGAUGCUUAUGAGAAAUGCAAACAUGAACUGGCAACGAGACUCCAGGCCAAAUACAAAGGUUACAGAGCAAAAGGAGAAUUCAGAAGGCAGAAGGAAGCUGCUACUAAAAUUGAAACCUGUUGGAGAGGAGUGCAGGCUAGGAAGGAGAGAGAGAAGAGAGCCUGGGCUGUAAAAGUCAUCAAGAAAUUCAUCAAAGGUUACAUGACCAGAGGGCAAGCAAAAUGCACAGAUAACUCGGAGUACCUGGCCUUUGUGAGACAAAAUUACCUGAACAGGCUUAAACAGACUCUGCCAAAGACCGUUUUGGACAAAACCACCUGGCAGUCUCCACCAGCUGUGCUCACAGAGACAUCAGAACUACUGCGUAAACUUCACUACCGUCUUAUGGUGCGGAAGUAUGUGAGAGGCAUCACACCACAGAGAAAAGCACAGCUUCAACUGAAGCUUGUUACCAGCUCCAUCUUCAAGGGCAAAAAGGAAAGUUAUCCACAGAGUGUUGCUCAACCUUUUGUGGACACCAGGAUCAGUGAACAAGACAUAAACAUGAGGGUUCUCCAGAUGAUUCGCAAUGAGCACAUUAAGUACAGCAUCCCAGUAAUCAAAUAUGACAGGAAGGGUUUCAAACCAAGGCCACGACAGCUCAUCCUCACCCAGACAGCUGCAUAUGUGAUCGAGGAAGCCAAGAUCAAACAGAGAGUGCUGUACACCUCUCUCAAAGGUAUUUCAGUCAGUAACUUGACUGAUGGAAUCAUUGUAUUCCACAUCACAUGUGAGGAUCCUAAACAGAAGGGGGACCUUGUGAUGCAGUGCGACCACUUGUUUGAGUUUUUGACCAAACUCUGUGUCAUUGCUAACAAACAGAAUGCAGUUAAAGUGGUUCAGGGCAGCAUCAAGAUUGAAAUCCAGGCAGGUAAAGAAAGUGCGGUGGACUUCACCACCGGGCAGGAACCAAUGGUAUACAAGGCCAAGAACGGACACCUCAUGGUGGUUGCCACUCGAGCCAGGACACGGUAA